UAUUUUGUUUCCAAGAAACGGUCCGGGCCUCCGGUCUAAAGAUGCAAAUUUUCUCCAGUAAACACGCAGCUGCCUCCUCCGCCGCUCGCUUCUUCUUCUUCCUUCUCCUUGUACUUCUUCUUCUGAUGUGCGUACUGUUGCCAGCAAAAUCCAAUUACCCAUUUUAGGCAACUGCGCCUUCAGCUUCAGGUACCAAUUUUCUCUUCAAUUCCCCAAAACCCAUUUAGAUUUUCCCACAUUUUCAUCUUCUUCACAUUCAUGUAUUGCAUAUGCUAUUUCUCCUCUACAGAAUGACCCUUUAUGUUAGAGCUUCUAAAUUCAUCAUACCCAAAUCAAAUCUCAAUCAUUUCAGCUUUUUAGUGUUUUCUUCUCUUAAAAGAUUGAUUUUUUAUUCAUCUUUACAUCAGUUUCAAUGCCCAUCUGAGAUAAAAAUCAAUAAUAUUAGAAGGAAUGGUAAUAAUAAUGGUGGUAAUAGCAUGCGGGAAAAUCCCUUUUCAGAUUCUGAUAUUCAGAGAUUAAUUUUGAAUAAGAUUGAAGAAAGGGGUUGGGUUACUGAGGAGGAAUUUUGGGUUGUUCCAGAUUGUUUUCAUUCUUUAAUUUAUGAUUCUGAUUUGUUGGUUAAGAUUCUUAGCUCAAUUCGUUGUCGACCGAGGGUUGCAUUGAGAUUGUUUAGGUGGGCUGAAGGGCAAAAGGGGUUUAAGUAUUCAGAGUUUUCGUUUUGUACUAUUCUUGAUAUUUUGAUACAGAAUGGUUGGGUGAAGUCUGCUUAUUGGGUGGUAGAAAGGGUGAUUAGUAGUAAUAUGCAUAAAGUUGUUGAUUUAUUGGUUGAUGGGUAUUUGAAUUUGAAGGUUUCUGUUGAGAUACUUAAUAUUUUUUUAAGGAUAUACACGAAGAACGCAAAUGUGGAGCUAUGCUUGUUAGUUUUCGAGAAGAUGCUGAGGAAUGAGAUGUUGCCUGAUGUGAAGAAUUGUAAUAGGAUUCUAAGGAACUUAAGGGAUAGGAAUUUAGUUGCCAAGGCGAGAGAAGUGUAUAAGAUGAUGGGUGAGUUUGGGAUAAUGCCUACUAUUAUUACUUAUAAUACAAUGUUGGAUUUGUUUUGUAGAGAAGGUGAAGUAGAACAGGCUUUGGAUCUUUUAUCAGAAAUGGAGAGAAGGGAGUGCUAUCCGAAUGAUGUUACAUACAAUAUCUUGAUUAAUGGGUUAUCAAAGAAAGGGGAAUUUAACCAUGCUAGAGGUUUGAUUGGAGAGAUGUUGAAUAAAGGACUGAAGGUUUCAGCUCAUACAUAUAAUCCUUUAAUUUAUGGUUACUGUGUUAAAGGAAUGGUUGUGGAGGCAUUGAGUCUCGGAGAAGAGAUGGAAGUAAGAGGAGCUUCACCUACUGUCUCAACAUAUAAUACAUUUAUUUAUGCUCUUUGCCGGCAGGGGCAAGCUAGUGAAGCAAGAUACUGGUUCUCUGUCAUGUUGAAGAAGAAUUUGGUGCCGGACAUAAUGUCAUACAACACUUUGAUUUACGGAUAUUGUCGGUUGGGGGAUAUUAAUGAGGCCUUUUCCUUAUUACAUGAUUUAAGGAGCAGGGGACUUUUUCCUACAGUGAUCACCUACAAUACAAUUAUGGAUGGACUCUGUAAAAAAGGCAAUUUAGAGGAUGCUAAGCAGAUGAAAGAAGAAAUGAUGAGACACGGUAUCUCUCCUGAUGUAUUUACUUAUACUAUUCUCGUUCAUGGUUCCUGCAAGGCAGGAAAUUUACCAAUGGCAAAAGAACUAUUUGAUGAGAUGUUACAGAGGGGUUUGGAGCCUGACUGCAUUGCUUACACAACUCGAAUAGCAGGUGUACUGAGCCUGGGUGACAUAUUGAACGCAUGCAAACUACAAGAGGAAAUGUCAACAAAGGGAUUCCCACCAAAUAUAAUAAUCUAUAAUGUAUUUGUGGAUGGUAUUGCAAAGCUGGGUAAUCUUGAAGAAGCAACUGAGUUGUUACAGAAGAUGGUUGGGGAUGGCCUUAUGCCUGACCACGUAACAUAUACCAGUAUAAUUCAUGCCUACCUCGCAUUUGGGAACCUUAAGAAAGCCAGAGAGUUGUUUGAUGAGAUGAUAAGUAAAGACAUAGUUCCAACAGUUGUAACAUACACAGUGCUGAUUCAUGCGCAUGCCGGUAAAGGGAGGCAUGAACUUGCACAUAUGUAUUUUUCAGAGAUGCAACAGAAGAGCAUUCUGCCAAAUGUGAUUACCUUCAAUACUCUGAUAAAUGGCCUUUGCAAGUACAGAAGAAUAAACGAGGCUUACAGUUUCUUUGCUGAGAUGAAAGCAAGAGGAAUUAUCCCUAAUAAAUAUACCUACACCAUUUUGAUAAAUGAGAACUGUGAUUUGGGUAACUGGCAAGAGGUUUUGAGACUGUUCAAAGAAAUGUUGGAUAACGGAAUCCAGCCUGAUUCUUUUACAUACAGUGCGAUGUUGAAAAAUCUCGGCAGAGAUUAUAAAUCACAUGCCAUAGAAUACCUUGACUUUAUACUUUUCGGUGAUGAAGGCGACGAAGGCACUGCCGAAGCAAAGAGUUGAAAAAUCCCUGAAUAGCCACUGGUAUUCCUGGAUGACUAGCUUUCUGUUCCUGGUCUUUGUUCUACAGGCGCCACACCAUGAGCUUGUCCAUAAUAGCUGCUGGUGAGCAGAUAGCGCCGGUCCAUUUUUGAUAUGGACUUACCUCCUGUACUUGGGGGCAAACACAAAAGUCUAUGCAGUCUACCAGAUAACACGAAAUUCUUUUGCAGCUUCAGGUCAACAUUGUUGCUGUCUGUUUGGUGCAGAAAGCUGGGAUUGACAUGCAAGGUCUUGGUGCUCCUGAGAUACUUCAAAAUUUUCACUCCCAUCCGAGCUGCUUUGAGGUGUAUGAGAGUGAUUUAUGCCUUCUUCUGUCUCCUCUGAACAUUGACAUUCUUAAGACUGGUUAGUGGCACACGGAGCUGCCGUUCCUGAAUAUUUCUACGCAAAUCUAAAGCAGUAAAGCAAAAGAUGCCACUCUGGUUGGAUCUCCAUACAAAUUCAGUUCCUUAAAGCACGCUAAUAGACCUUGUGUUGUGCCUGAUAUGCAAAAGGUCAAAUGCAAGUUCUGAGAUUGUAGACAGGAGCAGAGGCAAAAAAAAGGGUUAUUUCCUCCGCCUAACCCCUGGUGAGAAGAGUUAUCGAUACCUUUGCUGGUGGAGGUGGCAGGUCAGUGGAAUAGUCGAGGUGUGCAAGCUGGCCUAGACAGAAAUUCACCAAGAGCAAAUACAUUUGAGAGUUAGACUGUGAUAAGGGUAUCUGAACUUCAUUACACGAAUGUGUACGAAAUCUUGAAUGGUGGAGGUCGAUGAGUUCAUUGUAGAGAUGCAACACUAUAUAAGUCGCGAGGCAAAGUGUGAAUUGCAGUUUGUGAAGUUCUCCAAGUUUUCAUCAACCAAAUCACCAAGGUUUUUUUUUAUGUGUUUGUUAACUUCUUGUAAUUGCAUUUUUUUACUUACUCAAAAGAGCUGAAGUUGAUUCCACUGAAUGAAAAAAGAACUAGUUUAUCAUA